AUGGCCAAAACUCAAACUCAGACUCAACCUCCAAAUGUGGUCGGGUGUCAAGGUGCCUUGUUCGAAUGGGCCGACAGCUACGACUCUAAAGACUGGCAGCGGCUUCGUCAAUGUCUGGCGCCCACGCUGAAGGUCGACUAUCGCACCGUCCUCAACAAGCUGUGGGAAGAGAUGCCGGCCGAUGAGCUCGUCGCGCUGGCGUCCAACCCGCAUUUCUUGGGCGACAAGACACUCCGCACGCAGCAUUUCAUCGGCGGCAGCAGGUGGGUGCAAGAGUCGCCGGACAAGAUGGUCGGCCACCACCAGCUGCGGGUGGCGCAUCAGCGAUACACCGAUGAGUCGCUGAAGACGGUGGCUCUCAAGGGCCACGCACACGGCACCGCCACUAUCGCGUACAGCAAGGUUGAUGGCGAGUGGAAGUUUGCCGGCUUGACCCCGAAUAUCAGGUGGUUCGAAUACGACUAUGAUCGGAUGUUUCAGCCACCGCCACAAAAUGGGGGGACGGGGGCGACUGAGAAUGGAACACAUUAG